UAGCAGGGAAGUGAUAAACGGUGUCGUAUUAGCCAGGGCAAAAAACAAAAUACAGAAAAAAGGAAGGCUCUCAAGCACUUUACAACUGAUCAAUUGGCAAGCUUGAUCGUUCUUGUUGGGAUUUGUCUUCGCCUCUGAAGCCCUGAAUAUUUGCGCUUCAGGCAAUGAGAUGAGUUCUACAGACGAAACUGGUAUGGGAGUGCAAUUGGAUGCUGACCUCAAUAAUCCGGGGACAUCAGGUUUUGGUACUGCUAUUCAGACUUCGUAUGGCUCUGGGGUUGAGUUUUCAGGCCAACAAUCGGACAAAACUUUUUGCAGUGGACAUGAUUUUGAAAUGUUGGAUGUUGGCCUUUCUUUUGAUGUUCUUAGCCCUGUGGACGGUUCAUCAGUUGUGCAGUGCAAUGACCCCAUUAAAUUGAGGGCCUUGACCACACUUGAUAUGGUUGGCAAGGAGUUUGAUUCUCUUAAACAAGCUGAGUUAUUCUACUGCACAUACUCAAAAGUUGUUGGCUUUAGUGUUAGGAAAGAUGACUUGCGCCGAAACAAGUAUGGUGCAACUAUCUUGAGAAGGUGGGUUUGUUCAAAGCAAGGUCAACGUCCUAAGAAGUGGCUGGAAAAACGUGACCGAAUCCGGGAACCAAGAGCAUUGACACGAGUCGGUUGUCGUGCAUCCUUUCGUGUUAAUUACCAUCGUGAAACAUCAAAAUGGGUUGUUAAGGAAUUUGUUACAGAACACACUCAUGAAUUGCCAUCUGCAUGUGAUAUUCAGGUUCUUCGGUCUAAUUGUGGCGUCCAAGAUACGGACAUGGCUAAAGCCAAACCAAUUCGCAGUAUGAGUGCUAAAUCAGGUCAAGUAGUGGAUUAUAUGAUUGAUCAAUCAGAGAGUUGUAUGAAUAUUGGAUUAGUUAGGGAAGAUUUACAAAAUAAAAUUGAUGUUACCCAUCAGUCUGAUAUAACAGAUGCGGACUCGGAAACUGUUAUUGCCUACUUAUUUGGCAAAGCUGACAUGGAUCCCGGUUUUUUUUGUAAAUACACAGUGGACGAGGAUAGAAAGUUGGGGAACUUGUUUUGGACAGACUCUGUAGGUCGUUUUGAUUACAGUUGUUUUGGGGAUGUUUUAGUAUUUGAUUCCACGUACAAGAUUAAUGCAUACCAAAAGCCACUUGUUAUAUUGGUUGGGACAAAUCACCACCGCAGAACAACUGUGUUUGGUUUUGGGUUGCUAAAGGAUGAGGCCUUGGACACAUAUACUUGGCUACUGGAGACCUUCUUGUCUGCUAUGAACAACAAGAAACCAUUGUCAAUAAUAACUGAUUGUGACAAGGUUGUGUGCCAGGCAAUCAAGAAAAUUCUACCUGAGUCUACCCAUCGGUUUUGUAGCUGGCAUGUUGAGAGGGAUGCUCGGGAAAAUGUGCAGGAUGAGCAGUUUAUAGAGUCAUUUAAAGAUUAUAUUUUCAGCCAUAUGAAACCUGAAGAAUUUGAUCAACAGUGGUUGACAUUGGUUGCAAAGUUUGGUUUGCAGGAUAAUGAUUGGGUCAACAAGAUGUACAAAAAGCGUAACCUAUGGGCAGGAUCCUUCUUACGAGGGAAGUUCUUUGCUGGGAUGCAUUGCAGCCAACUUUGUCAGAGUAUGAACUCAUACCUGAACUGUUUUUUCCAUUCUCGGCUGAAGAUGUUUGAAUUUGUCCGCCAAAUUGAUAAGGCGGUAUCAUGGAUACGCUACAAUGAAGCAAAAGAUGACUUUGAGUCGAGCUCUAUUCCAGUCCUAAGUACCCACCUUGAACGUUUGGAAAAACAUGCUGUGCAGAUUUAUACCCGAAAUGCUUUCUACAUGGUCCGCAAUGAGAUCCAAGAGGAGACUUUGUUGAUUGUAUCUGGUUGUGCCAAUGAGGUAGAUAGACGUGUGUAUACACUUACUAAAUUCAGAAAUGCUCACAUGAGAUGGAUAGUGGCUUACUGGAGAAAAGAUCAUCGUAUACAAUGCUCCUGCAAGGGAUUUGAGACAGUUGGACUGCCGUGUAGCCAUUCUUUUUCUGUCAUGAAAGCUGAGCACUUACUAAGUAUACCUGAUAACCUAAUUCUAAGGAGGUGGACUAAAGAUGCCAAGGACGGCAAAGACUUAGCUGUCAGCUCCUGUCAAAGCCCAAAUGAUUUUACAGAAAUGUUGCGGUUUGCAGCAUUGACUGCAGACUGCCGUAAAUUAUGUUUUUAUGCAUCCAAGACUAGUGAAGGGUAUAGAAAGGCAAAAAUGGAGAUAUAUCAAUUAACUCGGCGCAUGGAGGAGUCUAGUAAAAUCAAUGGCGGCAGCAUCUCAUCGGUGGGUUUUUCUGAGAGGUCCAGUGUUGCUAGUGAUCCUGCAAGAAAAUCAAGGACUGAUAUUCAUAAUUGAUGCUUGCUUCUGGCGUUAAUUGGAUAUUUUCUAUUUUCUUUUUUAGGUUUGAUCUCUUCUUUUGGAAAAUCUUUUGAGAUCAAUCCUAAGUGUUUAUAAUUUUAUAAAUCUAUGUUUCACUUUUACUUAAAAGCCACUAUAUUUGACACUGUACAAAUAUGAAAUCAUAAUCCAUCUUUUGGUUAAUUAA